GCUAAUUUCCACCGCCAUUGCGGUUCCACGGAGUCGGUGUAGUGGCAGCCCGAGGUUAGCCAGGGGAAGCUCGUGAGUCGAGAGCCGAGAGACUAUUCGAAACGUACCAUCACACCGACAGCACUUACACUUAUAUUUUUGGAACCUCCGAACUGAGGUUGUUUGGCUGUCCGGUUGGGAUCUGAGAGACGCCGUAGUUUGUUAGCAUUCGAAGAAACCGGAGGAGAGUGAGAGGAACCGCCAUGGCUCAGAUCCUGCCAAUUCGUUUUCAGGAGCACCUGCAACUCCAAAAUCUGGGCAUCAACCCAUCCAACAUCGGCUUCAGCACCCUCACCAUGGAGUCGGAUAAAUUCAUCUGUAUCCGGGAGAAAGUCGGCGAGCAGACUCAGGUGGUGAUCAUUGACGUGGCUGAUCCGAACACACCAAUCCGCAGGCCCAUCUCAGCCGACAGCGCCAUCAUGAAUCCAGCAAGCAAGGUCAUUGCACUCAAAGACGCUGGCAAAACCCUUCAGAUUUUCAACAUUGAAAUGAAGAGCAAAAUGAAGGAGCACACCAUGACCGAUGAUGUUACCUUUUGGAAGUGGAUUUCCCUUAAUACAGUCGCACUUGUGACUGAAAGCACGGUCUACCAUUGGAGCAUGGAGGGUGACUCGCAGCCUGUCAAAGUCUUUGACCGCCACUCCAGUCUGGCAGGCUGCCAGAUUAUCAACUAUCGCACUGAUGCCAAGCAAAAGUGGCUCCUCCUCAUUGGUAUUUCAGCACAGCAAAGUCGGGUGGUGGGAGCCAUGCAGUUGUACUCUGUGGAUAGAAAGGUUUCUCAGCCCAUUGAGGGACAUGCUGCCAGCUUUGCCCAGUUCAAGAUGGAGGGCAAUUCUGAGGAGUCAACCCUUUUCUGCUUUGCUGUCAGAAGUCAGGCUGGUGGGAAGUUGCACAUCAUUGAAGUUGGAACCCCACCAACCGGCAACCAGCCAUUUCCAAAGAAAGCAGUGGAUGUCUUCUUCCCUCCAGAAGCCCAAAAUGACUUCCCUGUCGCCAUGCAGAUAAGCUCAAAGCAGGAUGUUGUGUUCCUCAUCACUAAAUAUGGCUACAUUCACCUGUAUGACUUGGAAACCGGCACCUGCAUCUAUAUGAACCGCAUCAGCGGAGAGACCAUCUUUGUCACAGCUCCUCAUGAGGCCACCUCAGGCAUCAUUGGGGUCAACAGGAAGGGACAGGUGCUGUCGGUCUGUGUGGAGGAAGAAAACAUCAUUCCAUAUAUCACCAAUGUGCUGCAGAAUCCAGAUCUGGCUCUACGCUUGGCUGUACGCAACAACCUCGCCGGUGCUGAAGAGCUCUUUGCUCGCAAAUUCAACAACCUAUUUGCGGCUGGCAACUACUCAGAGGCUGCCAAGGUGGCUGCCAAUGCACCAAAGGGUAUUUUGCGAACCCCGGACACCAUUCGUCGCUUCCAGGGUGUGCCUACUCAAGCAGGGCAGACCUCCCCUCUGCUCCAGUACUUUGGGAUCUUGUUGGACCAGGGCCAGCUCAACAAAUUUGAAUCUCUGGAGCUUUGCAGGCCUGUCCUCCAGCAGGGAAGAAAACAGCUUUUGGAGAAGUGGCUCAAGGAAGACAAGUUGGAGUGCUCAGAGGAGCUUGGAGACCUGGUGAAGGCUGUGGAUCCCACCUUGGCGCUGAGUGUCUACCUUAGGGCCAAUGUCCCCAACAAGGUCAUUCAGUGUUUUGCAGAGACUGGCCAGUUCCCCAAGAUUGUCCUUUAUGCCAAAAAGGUGGGCUACACUCCAGAUUGGAUCUUUCUUCUGAGGAAUGUAAUGCGCAUCAACCCAGAACAAGGCCUACAGUUUGCCCAGAUGCUGGUGCAGGAUGAAGAGCCUCUGGCCGAUAUCACACAGAUCGUGGAUGUAUUCAUGGAAUACAAUCUGAUCCAGCAGUGCACCUCAUUCCUGCUGGAUGCACUGAAGAACAACAGGCCAUCAGAAGGUCCCCUGCAGACCCGCCUGCUGGAGAUGAAUCUCAUGCAUGCCCCACAGGUUGCUGAUGCUAUCCUGGGCAACCAAAUGUUCACCAACUAUGACCGAGCGCACAUUGCCCAACUUUGUGAGAAGGCCGGACUGCUGCAAAGGGCUUUGGAACACUACACUGACCUGUAUGACAUCAAGCGUGCUGUGGUGCACACACAUCUUCUCAACCCUGAGUGGCUGGUGAACUUCUUUGGCUCGCUGUCUGUGGAGGAUUCUUUAGAGUGCCUCAGGGCCAUGCUCUCAGCCAACAUCCGCCAGAAUCUGCAAAUAUGCGUGCAGGUGGCUUCUAAGUACCAUGAACAGCUUACCACACAGUCUCUCACAGAGCUCUUUGAAUCCUUCAAGAGCUUUGAAGGUCUCUUCUACUUCUUGGGCUCCAUUGUGAACUUCAGCCAAGACCCCGAGGUUCACUUCAAAUACAUCCAGGCUGCUUGCAAGACAGGCCAAAUCAAGGAGGUGGAGCGUAUAUGUCGAGAGAGCAACUGUUAUGAUCCUGAGCGUGUCAAGAAUUUCCUGAAGGAAGCAAAACUGACCGACCAGCUGCCGCUCAUCAUCGUCUGUGACCGUUUCGACUUUGUCCACGACUUGGUCCUGUACUUGUACCGCAACAACCUACAGAAGUACAUUGAGAUCUAUGUUCAGAAGGUGAACCCAAGUCGUCUGCCUGUGGUGGUCGGGGGUCUCUUGGAUGUGGACUGCUCAGAAGAUGUCAUUAAGAGCCUGAUUCUGGUAGUCAGGGGGCAGUUUUCAACUGAUGAACUUGUGGCUGAGGUGGAGAAGAGGAACAGACUGAAGCUCCUGCUGCCAUGGCUGGAGUCUCGCAUACAUGAGGGCUGCGAAGAGCCAGCUACCCACAAUGCCCUGGCCAAGAUCUACAUUGACAGCAACAACAACCCUGAACGCUUCUUGAGGGAAAACCCAUUCUACGAUAGCCGCGUGGUGGGCAAGUACUGCGAGAAAAGAGACCCCCACCUAGCUUGUGUGGCCUAUGAGAGAGGGCAGUGUGACCAGGAGCUGAUCAAUGUCUGCAAUGAAAACUCGCUGUUCAAGAGCUUAUCUCGUUACCUGGUGCGUCGCAAAGAUCCCGAUCUCUGGGCUAGUGUGCUGCUGGAGACCAACCCUUACCGACGACCACUUAUUGACCAGGUGGUGCAGACAGCACUGUCAGAGACCCAGGACCCAGAAGAGGUAUCUGUCACAGUCAAGGCCUUCAUGACCGCUGACUUGCCCAAUGAGCUUAUUGAGCUACUGGAGAAGAUUGUGUUGGACAACUCUGUCUUCAGUGAACACAGAAAUCUGCAGAAUCUGCUGAUCUUGACGGCGAUCAAAGCUGACCGCACACGCGUGAUGGAGUACAUCAACAGACUUGACAACUACGAUGCUCCCGAUAUCGCCAACAUCGCCAUCAGCAACGAGCUGUUUGAAGAGGCUUUUGCCAUCUUCAAAAAGUUUGAUGUCAACACAUCGGCCGUGCAGGUGCUGAUUGAACACAUUAGCAACCUCGACCGGGCCUAUGAAUUCGCAGAGCGCUGCAAUGAACCUGCGGUGUGGAGCCAGCUGGCCAAAGCUCAACUCCAAAAGGGUCUUGUCAAAGAGGCCAUAGACUCCUACAUCAAAGCUGAUGACCCCUCUGCUUACAUGGAGGUUGUGCAGGCUGCCGAUAAGAGUGGAAACUGGGAAGACUUGGUCAAAUUCCUCCAGAUGGCCCGUAAGAAGGCCCGCGAGUCUUAUGUGGAGACAGAGCUGAUCUUUGCACUGGCGAAGACCAAUCGUCUCGCCGAACUGGAAGAGUUCAUCAACGGACCCAACAAUGCUCACAUUCAGCAGGUCGGGGACCGCUGCUUUGAUGAGAAAAUGUACGAGGCUGCUAAGCUGUUGUACAACAACGUCUCCAACUUUGGUCGACUGGCUUCAACCCUCGUGCACCUCGGGGAAUACCAGGCUGCAGUAGACGGCGCCCGUAAAGCCAACAGCACCCGUACUUGGAAGGAAGUCUGCUUCGCCUGCGUAGAUGGACAGGAAUUCCGACUGGCUCAGAUGUGCGGCCUCCACAUUGUGGUGCACGCCGAUGAACUGGAAGAGCUAAUCAAUUACUACCAAGACCGCGGUUACUUUGAGGAGCUGAUCACCAUGUUGGAGGCGGCUCUGGGCCUGGAGCGUGCACACAUGGGCAUGUUCACAGAGCUGGCCAUCCUUUACUCAAAGUUCAAACCCCAGAAGAUGAGGGAGCACCUGGAGCUCUUCUGGUCAAGAGUGAACAUCCCCAAGGUCCUGAGAGCAGCAGAACAAGCGCACCUGUGGGCCGAACUGGUUUUCCUAUACGACAAGUAUGAGGAGUACGACAACGCCAUCAUUACCAUGAUGAGCCACCCAACGGAUGCUUGGAAGGAAGGACAGUUCAAAGACAUAGUCACUAAGGUGGCCAAUGUUGAACUGUACUACAAAGCCAUCCAGUUCUAUUUGGAGUUCAAGCCCUUAUUAUUGAAUGAUCUGCUCAUCGUGCUGUCUCCAAGACUGGACCACUCUCGUGCUGUCAACUUCUUCAGCAAGGUGAAACAGCUGCCACUGGUGAAGCCCUACCUGCGCUCGGUGCAGAACCACAACAACAAGUCCGUCAAUGAAGCGCUGAACAACCUCUUCAUCACAGAAGAGGACUAUCAGGCCUUGAGGACAUCAAUAGAUGCCUACGACAACUUUGACAACAUUUCACUUGCACAGCGUUUGGAGAAGCAUGAGCUGAUUGAAUUCAGAAGAAUUGCCGCAUAUCUUUUCAAGGGUAACAACCGCUGGAAACAGAGUGUGGAACUCUGUAAGAAGGACAGGCUUUACAAGGACGCCAUGCAAUACGCGGCAGAGUCGAAGGACACCGAGCUGGCCGAGGAGCUGCUGUCCUGGUUCCUGCAGCAGAACAAGAAGGAAUGUUUUGCUGCAUGCUUGUUCUCGUGCUAUGACCUCCUGCGGCCCGACGUGGUGCUGGAGACCUCCUGGAGGCACAACAUCAUGGACUUUUCUAUGCCAUACUUCAUUCAGGUCAUGAGAGAACACCUCACUAAGCUGGACAAGCUUGAAACCUCAGAAUCACUAAGGAAAGAAGAGGAACAAGCAACAGAGACGCAGCCCAUCGUCUAUGGCACACCCCAGCUGAUGCUGACAGCGGGCCCCAGCGUCGCCGUACCCCCCCAACAACCGUAUGGCUACGGCUACCAGGCGCCGGCCGGGUAUGGUCAGCCAGCCGCCGCGCCGGGAUUCGGCUACGGCAUGUAAAGGUCCCCCCUGCCCUUUUGUCCACAUGCUGACUGGCGCUCGAAUCCAGUCAGUCCUUCAGCAGACCAUUAUUGUCUCUCUGUCCUUGCCAUCAACACAGAGCAAAUUUAGGGAUCAUACAAAGAACCCCCCCCCACCUCCUUUUUUGUACUUUUCUCCCUUACAAGCUUUCAUGAAGGACUCUUGUUUUCAAAGAUUUAAUCACAAAAGAUUAAUUUGCUCACAUUCCAUAUUGACUAGAUUAAUAAUUUUAUUUGAAUGGUAUGUGGUUUAUGUACAAUAGGGUGGGCAGGGGCCUGGCUGGGGGAAGAGCUAGUUCUCUUCUCAGUUGUUAAGCUUCGGCGUUGCACUCACAAGUGAGAAGAAAUUCAUGUAGACCCUCUCCCUAUUCGGCGUGUUUGAAAGCAGCUUCCUGACUGUAAAAUGCAUUUGAUAUUGUAUAUUCCGUCACGAAACCCACUUGUGCUCCUUUUCUUUUGAUAAUGUGACCGCCGUAGUCCGGAAACACGACGUCGUCCCAAUCAAAAACGGUCUUCGGGGCCGGCCGAAUGUCAAACGAGAGCAUUUUCAGAUAAGGUUGACUCUUUCCAGUCUAUGCAGGACUUUGUACAUCCAUACAACAUGCCGUUGUGCUUUAAAUGCGUUUGUGACGUGGGACCAUUCCAACUCAGGAGGGAAGCAGACCCAUAAUGCACCCUCUCGAUGCUGCAGCUCAUUUCUGCCCUUUUUAGUCUGGGUCGCUGCGGAAAUUCCCAAAAUAAAUGUCCUCUUGUGGUGCAGAAUUGUCGCAGGAGUUGUAAUUUGAAGUAUAUAGAGAUAUAUAUAUCAACAAGUUUGCAUCUAUACAGAAAAUCAUUAAUUACUUUUCUGAAUUUAUAACCCUGCCUAAAUUAUCCACAAUGAAAUUGUACACUUACAAUACUUGAUUGUGCAUAAUCAGGAUCAUGAUGAAUGAAACAGCCAUUUUGUUUUCCACAAAAAAAAUAAAGGCUUCUGGUUUGUCAAAAGUG